CUUGAAGAAACCACCACCACCACCACCACCACCCACGUCGCUUUCUCGCUUGAAAGUCGCUUCAGGCUUCUCGACCAGUCGGCGGUCGAGGAUUCGCUACUUUGGCGACAUUUGAAGUGGACGCCGGCGAGAAAUUCGAUGCGGCCACCACUUUUAAUUUUCUCUUUACUAGCGUACUUCUAUGUAUGAGCCUUGUUGUUUUGGAAAUCUUUCCUCCUCUCGUUUCAGUAACUUGUGGCGAGGUCCUGCCGAGACUCCGGGGUGUGGUUCGCGAAUAUCUCUGCCUUACUGGGCAUCUCCGGGCUUGCUUGCCCAGGCCCUUCCUUCUCUUCUGUUCUGGCCCUUCUCGUGUAAACUUGUCGUAAAAGGAGAUUGGGGCUCCUUUAGAGUUUCCUUUAACCUUUUUCUUGCGUCCUUCUGGACGUUCUCGCUUCCAGGUUGUCAAUGUCAUUGUCAAUAUGUCUACGCAACGCAGCAGGCCUCUGUUGUAACUCAUUGGUGUAACCCUUUCCGUUUUGAAGUCACCUCGGCGGUGGGCUUUUAUUUGAACUCUGUUGGGGUUUUUGGCUGGCGUGAUUGUCGGGGUUUAGAAUUGGUCCGCGGGACACGGCUCUCUUGUUCCCGAACUUGUUAACAGACGUCUUCUGAUGAUAUGCCUUUUCUCCCCUUUCCGGGCCCCUCGCUGGAAGAACUGGAGCUCCAGCCUUCAGCUGAGAGUCAACCCCUUUCUUUUUCGUCCUCUCCCGCC